AUGGUAGACGGGGACGCUCAGCUUAAUGGCAAUCGCCGAAAGCUCCCAUUCUUCAAUCGCGCCAGGCCCGACCGGCCUGUCACUGCCCGUCGCGCAAGCACCGUCCACACCCACCGAAUCAUUCGCGCCCUACUCUAUCUCAUUGCCUGGAUCUUCAUUCUGCUGGUCGUGAUCGGAAACGUCGCGAAUAAGCCCGUCCUGCGAAACACCUACUUCCUCUAUCUCGACCUGUCCAACAUCAUCCCCUUAUCUGUGCCCAAUGCCGUCCUGAUCAACUCCAUCGCGCGAUCUAUCGGCCUGCAUGAUUUCUACCAGGUCGGUCUGUGGAACUUCUGCGAGGGCUACGAUGACGAGGGAAUCACCAAAUGCUCCAAGCCGGAGACCCUGUACGCCUUUAACCCGGUCAAGAUCAUCGUGAGCGAGUUGCUGUCCGGUGCCAGUAUCGCUCUGCCCUCCGACAUCACCAAGCCCCUCCACCUGGCCAAGGUCGCCUCUCAGUGGAUGUUCGGCCUCUUCCUGACCGCCGCCGUUCUCAAUUUCAUCAUGAUCUUCAUCAGCCCCCUGGCAGUGUCCUCGCGACCUCCCCAGAGCAUCAAGGCCGUCGCUGCCAACGGAGGCCAGCUCACCGGAAAGCCUCCUCACCGCCGCUGCAAAUUUUUGCUGUUUCGUUCGCUGCCAAUGCUGUUCAUCAGCUUCUUCACCGCGCUAGUUACCAUUGUGGCCUCCGCCGUAGCCACCGUCAUGUGGUACAUCUUCGCCAACGUCUUCGCCUCCGCCUCGGCCGAUUUCAACAUUAAAGCCCACGUUGGCACCCAGAUGAUGGUGUUCAUGUGGAUCGGCUCUGGAUUCAGCCUGAUUGCAUUCAUCCUCCAGUUUGGCUCCUGUUGUGCGUCCUGCUGCGGCGGACACAAGGCUCGCAAACAGCUCAAAGCCCAGGGCAUCAACUAUAAGGAAAAAGGGUUCUACAAUAACAGUCAAUCUGACACUUACACUGAGCCUGGUCCUCUGGCCGAGGACCGUGAGAUGGCCGAACCACAUGCGGUUACCCGUGAUUAA